UCUCUCAUGCUAAGCAGCCCACACCUCCCUCCCCCCUCCUUUUUAAAUUUUGGCUUUCAGGCUGGGCUUUUUUUUAAAGGAGUUUCUACCCCUCCUUGCGUCAGUCGCACGUCACUUUGCCGGUGACAGCCCCUAGGUUUGGGCUGGAGCAGGAGCCUCGAGUCGCUCUAUUAUCAGCGGCGAGUGGAGCAGGAGGAGAAGACGACGACGAGGGCGGCGUAUAGGACGGUGUCUGUGUGAGUGCGCGAGCAAACGAGGGGCGACGAGGCGACAUCUCUCCCCUUACACACCCACCCACACCCCUUUCCCCUCCCUGCGGUGGUGGUCAACAGGGGCUGGAGGAGCUGGAGUAGGUAGCCGCAGCAGCUGCUCGUUCCCGAAGGGCUCAGCCUAGCCUCAGAAGGUCUCUCGCUUUUCGCCGCUCUUGCCCCGGCUGCCGCGCCAGGAGAGGUUUUUUCCCUCCUUCUUCCCACCGGCUGACGAAGCCCAGGCGGAGUCGCCGCCUAGGGGUGAGACAAGAAGAAAGCGGCGGCAGUAGCCGCUACUGGAACUCCGCGCGCGCGGGUGACGAGAAGAUGCCCGAGUGACUGACUCGCCGUCGUCGGAAUAGCCGCGCUGGAUUGAUUGUGUUUUGCGGGCGGGCGGGAACGAAGGAAGGAAAGGAGAGCGAGUCGGUGGCACCACCACCACCUCCACCAGCAUGGGGGCCUGGCCAAGGACGUGGUGGUGGCGGCGGCAGCAGCUGCAGGGCUCCCCGCAGCCGACGGCGACUCGCUUCUGGAGCUUGUGCUGGCUGAUGCUGGGCGCCUGGCGGGGGCUUCUCGCCUCUGCUUGCCCCAUCUCGUGCACGUGCAGCCCUGAGCACCCCGAGCAGAUCUGGUGCCUCGGACCCGCGAGCCUCGUGUCCUUCCCUGUGCUGGGCAAGAGGAGCCAGCCGGAGAAAGUCACCGACAUCUAUAUUGCAAACCAACGGAACUUAGAAAGCAUAAAUGAAGUAGAUGUUGGAAGUUACAUUGGAUUAAGAAAUUUAACUGUGGUGAAUUCAGGUUUGAAGUUUGUCUCAAGCCAUGCUUUCCUGAAAAAUACCAACCUGCAGUACAUUAACCUCUCUGGAAAUAAGUUUUCAAGUUUGUCCAGAAAGUCUUUCCGCCACCUGAAUUUGACUGAUCUGAUUUUAGAAGGCAAUCCAUUCAAGUGUUCCUGUGACAUUAUGUGGAUCAAGAUACUCCAAGAGUCCAAGUUUCCAAAAGUUGAGGAUUUUUACUGUAUGAAUGACUUCAACCAGAACAUAUCUCUUCGGGAGAAGCCAGUCCCAAACUGUGGCUUGCCUUCAGUCAGGCUGAACACACAUAACCUCACUGUUGUUGAAGGAAGAAGCGUCACAUUGUACUGUGAGGCUGCAGGAACUCCAUCUCCAAGUAUAUAUUGGGUUUUCAAUAAUAUUAUUUCAAAAUACGAGAGUGAUACAAAUAAGAACCCAGCUUCUCUAACCAUAAAGAAUAUAUCAUCCAAUGACAGUGGUGUGCAGAUUUCUUGUGUAGCAGAAAACACUGUGGGCGAAGACCAAGCUUCUGUUGACCUCAUGGUGUUCUUUGCACCAAAUAUCACAUAUCUUGAACUUCCAUAUCCGGAUCAUCACUGGUGUAUUCCAUUCAGUGUGAGAGGGAAUCCACAACCUAUCCUGACAUGGUUGCAUGAUGGGGUUAAGUUGAAUGAGUCGGACUAUAUCUGGACUAAAAUACAUGUUAUAAAUCAAACGGAAUACCAUGGCUGCCUUCAGCUGGAUAACCCUACUCAUGUGAAUAACGGCGAUUAUACCUUGGUUGCACAGAAUCAAUAUGGAAAAGAUGAAGCCAGCAUUACUGCUUAUUUUAUGGAAGAUCCUGGAGGUAGUAGUCCAUUCUACGGUCAUCUUGGUUACAGUGAGGAUUAUGGAACGCCGACGGAUAAUUUUGAAGACACCACAAAUAAUAGUAAUCCAGUUACUUCUACGGAUGUUUCCAACAAAGACAAUGAAGAUAGCAUCACUGUCUACGUUGUAGUUGGAAUUGCAGCAUUAGUGUGCACUGGCUUAGUUAUUAUGCUGAUUAUUCUCAAGUUUGGAAGACACUCCAAGUUUGGAAUGAAAGGUCCUUCUUCAGUUAUCAGCAAUGACGACGAUUCGGCGAGUCCUCUUCAUCACAUAUCCAAUGGAAGUAACACUCCAUCUUCUUCUGAGGGUGGCCCAGAUGCAGUCAUUAUUGGAAUGACAAAGAUUCCUGUAAUUGAAAAUCCUCAGUAUUUUGGGAUCACGAACAGUCAACUCAAGCCUGACACGUUUGUCCAACACAUCAAGCGACACAAUAUUGUUCUCAAAAGGGAGCUGGGAGAAGGAGCCUUUGGGAAAGUCUUCUUGGCUGAAUGUUAUAAUCUGUGUCCUGAGCAGGACAAGAUCUUGGUUGCAGUGAAGACGCUGAAAGAUGCUAGUGAUAAUGCCCGCAAAGAUUUCCACCGGGAGGCGGAACUACUAACUAACUUACAGCAUGAGCACAUUGUGAAGUUUUAUGGAGUAUGUGUGGAAGGGGAUCCUCUCAUCAUGGUCUUUGAAUACAUGAAGCAUGGCGAUCUCAACAAAUUCCUCAGGGCGCAUGGACCUGAUGCAGCUCUGAUGGCUGAAGGUAGUCAUCUAGCUGAGCUAACCCAGUCACAGAUGUUGCAUAUUGCCCAGCAGAUUGCAGCUGGUAUGGUUUACUUGGCAUCACAGCACUUUGUGCAUCGUGACCUCGCCACUCGGAAUUGCCUAGUUGGUGAAAACCUUCUGGUGAAGAUUGGAGAUUUUGGAAUGUCAAGAGAUGUAUAUAGUACAGAUUACUACAGGGUUGGUGGGCAUACCAUGUUACCCAUUCGUUGGAUGCCUCCUGAAAGUAUAAUGUACAGAAAAUUCACCACAGAAAGUGAUGUCUGGAGCCUUGGAGUCGUUCUGUGGGAAAUCUUUACCUACGGCAAACAGCCAUGGUAUCAGCUCUCAAACAAUGAGGUAAUUGAGUGUAUUACUCAGGGCCGUGUCCUGCAGCGACCUCGCACAUGCCCAAAGGAAGUGUAUGAUCUGAUGCUGGGGUGCUGGCAGCGGGAGCCUCAUAUGAGGCUGAACAUCAAAGAAAUCUACUCCCUCCUUCAGAACUUGGCCAAGGCCUCUCCAGUUUACCUGGAUAUUCUAGGAUAGAAACUCCCAGCACUUCUGCUAAUGGAGUGCACCAAUGAAUGUGUUCAGUUGCCACUAAACUCCAUUAAAAUGUGUCCUCAACUCUGACAGUAUUAAAUACAAAGAUAUGGAGAAGCUUUCAAAGGGCAAGCUGUGUGCAUUUCUCCCUCUUGUAGACACAGUAUUGACUUUGUGACAUUAUUGACAUAUCUCUUUUCUCUCCUUCAUUCUUCCUGUUUCUCUGUUUCUCCCCCCCCCCCAGAAUUCUAUUCAAUCAGGCUUCUGCAUUACUAUAACUCUGCAUAGACAAAGGCCUUAAAAACCUGACCUGUUAUAUCAACAGACACUCAGUUUUGCCCAUCACAACUAACAAUGCCUUGUUGUAUUAAUGCCUUUGAUCUGGAUAAAAAAGGGGGAAAAAGACUCAAACUUUGUGACUUCUGCUGUAUGGCUAUCUGAAGCUUCUGUGGAUUCACCUCUACUUCAUUUGUUUUGGCAUUUGGGCAGAAAACAGAAGACUGAUAUUCUCUUUGGGAUUUUUUCCCCCUAGCUGAGAUCAAGCCAGGGGGAAAGAAAUCAGCAUACUGUGUAAUUCACUCAUGGAGAAACUAUAGGAUCAGAUGGCAUCCAAUGUACCACUUUAAAACACAAAUGUAAUUAUUUGAUGAAAAAGAAAGAAUUCAGUGUUUUCCCCAGGAAAUGUUUAAGGGCACUUGUAAGCGUGCUAUCAUUUUUACAUUGACAGAUGCAUUGAUAUGGUCUGUGUGGGAGUAAAAAGUGUCGCCAAGAUUCCCCACAUCUGCGUAAUGGUAUGGUCAUCUAGGAAUCCCAACUUUGUCUUACUGUGAGGAUUUCUGAUGCCUCUGUAUACCAGUUGCUGGGAAUCACAAGUGGGGAAAGCACUGUUGCGCUCAGGUCCUGCUUUCAGGCUUUCCACGGGCACCUUGUUGGCCAUUAUGAAAGCAGAGCGUUGGGUUAGAUGGGCCUUUGGCCUGAUGCAGCAGGCCUCUUAUGUUCUUACACUCUGUUCUGAUGCCAUUGAUACAAGUAUUCUCCAGUUAGUCUUUGAUAAUGUAGGCGAGGGCUGGGGCAUUAAAGUGUUGUAGAAUUUCUAGGGUCAUUUCCUAAAAUAUGGAUGCUUCGGUAAGAUAGGAGGGAACCUUUUCAUAUGAUGCUGUUUUGACAGCAUGUUCCUGCUUUUGUUCCCCUUCCUCUUCCCCUUCUCCCUGUGCAAAGCCAAACCUAGCAUGGCCCCUGUUGAUUAAUACCCAGCAAUUUGUGCUGAAAACAGUUGCUCAUCUCAUUUAUACACCCAAAUAGGCGUAGCAAAUUCAUGAAGGAAACCAUAUAUUUAAUUAUAGGAAGGUCACUAGCUGCAUUUAGACUUCUAUAUAUUGUCACAGGUACAAGAGGCUGGUAUAACUAUACUGAAGAUUAUAUUACAGUUGUGCGAGAACCUGCCCAAGAAGUCUCUAGAGGAAAGGGAGUAUGCUUAUCACUGUGCAGACCAUUAAGAUUCAGAGUUUGACAUGUUUCUGGCUGAGCAAGCAGUUGUAUUCUGAGAUGUAUAGAUCCUUUGAUUUAGGAUUGACAGGCAUUGUGUGUUUACACUGUACAGCAUGGCUCCUGAGCUAAAGAAGGCAAGCCCAUGACACUUAAAUGUGGAAGGUUUAGGAUGUGCAUGUCAGGUCAUUUUUAUUACAUGAUGAGAUAAAAUCAAAGCCACUUUCUCCCUCUGUGAAUGAAGGUGGCUUUUCUACAAAAAAAGUGGGGGAUAUUUUUCACUAACCCAAACUUUUAUUGCUGCUUUAUUUAAAAAGUUAAGCACUUAUUUUUCUAAGUGUUUUCAUAAUAGUUUAAUAUAUGCUUUGCUUGCAUUUCUUAUUUAUUAAGGCACCUUUUUCCUUCCUCAGUUUGGAACGAUACUGAUCUUUUUUCAUCUAAAUUAAAAUAGCAAAUGUUAAAUAGUGGGGAAGUUGGACACUCUUAUGUCAUUGACAAAAGUUGGUGAAUAAUACAUAUAACAAUGUAAUUCUAAAGCCAUAUAUAUAUAUAUAUUAGUUCCUAAAUAAGGUUUGAACAGGAUUUUUUUUUAAAUGACUGAGGAUUAUUAAUAUGAAAUGGACUUUGAAGAUUAUAAUGAUGGCUGAGAAGAAUGUAUUACAUGGAAAGAAAAAAACUGUGUUUUCAAGAACUACGUUUUUUUUAAAGUGUCAUUCUAGUUCAUUUCAAUAUGUGAAAACUGUGGGAAAUAAAUCUUGAGAUGUCAGAGAUCACUAAAAGGUGCACCCAUCCAGGUGUUAUGUUCCAUAGUCAUUUCUCAAAAUCGUCAGUUGCUUUAAUAAUUUCUGUGAUUGGUUUCUGUACUUAGCUGAAAGUAGAAUUAAAAUUGAGGAUCCACACGGUACUUAAUAUAGCACUAUAUCAUCACCAAUGUUCUUCCCCAUGGCUGUUCAGUAAAGGUCCUUUCCAGUACAGUAUUAAUUAAAAGUUUCUUGCUUUCAGGUCCUGUCAGUUUCUGUUCCAGAGGCUUUACUGGUUUCCUUGCUCUUUUUUUUAAUUGCAGCCUUUUUUAAUUGCAGUAGCUAUAUUUCACUAUUUAAAAACUGACAGAAAAAAUGCAAGGAAGCCAGUAAUUAAAGUCUCCCCCUCCCCUACUGUCCCCUGUCCUCUCCAGAGGCAGCUCAUCACAAAACAGAAAGUACUAAAACAAGCAGGAUCUACCAACAAGAAACUAAAGGCACAGGAACCCUAAAAAGCUACAAUUGUGCUUUGCUUUUCCUUACUGGACAAGCUGGUGUUGCAGUUGGGUCUUAUUGCUGGGUGGGGAUGGGUCACUACAAAUCAGGUCUGAAAACAUGUAAGAGAAACACUGUAGUGCAGUGACUGAACAACAGCUGGAAUUUCGAUAAAGAGUGAGUGAACCAUAGCUGGCAAUUUCAGAGAAAAGGGACCAGUAUGGAAGCAGACCUCAUUAACAUGUGCCAUUAUAUCAUCUCACAGUACACAUUUUUUAGAAUCUCAGCUUGAAAAUAACCAUGUAUAUUGUAUGAUUGCUGAAGGAGUGUAUACCAAAACAAAUGUAAAAUUUGACCAGAUGGUGUCCUUUUUUUC